AUGUUCGCCGACCCAACAAACCCCCCCAACGAUGCUACCACUAGUACUGCGCUCCCGGAGAACAAGUGCCAAGUGAUCCCAGCGCGCGACGAGCUCCCAUGUCCGCAACCGGGGACGAGAAGAGGCGAGCGCGGGCCAGAAGGCCAGGCGGAGAAACUUUUCCUCUGCAACGACCACCACGUUGAGCACCAGAAACUCUACUUCACGUACAAGGCUGCCUCGUACGAGGUGAUAGAACUGCGCAAGAAGAUAGGGCGGGAGUGCAGCGCGUCAGAAGAGGAGAGCUGGGGCAAAGAGAGGCUCGACGAGGUGAUCGCAACGCGCGACGAGUAUGCGGCGGCCAUCGCGGAGGAGCUGGAGAAGCGCGAGAGCCAUCGCAAGCGUUUCUACGCUCAAGCGGAUAGCGGACACGCUUCCUGGUCGAAGAGCUUGAGACGCGACCAGGCCACGAAUGCGAACGUGCUCGCGAGGUUGCGCCGGCGUAGAGACGGUCUUGCGGAAGCAGCUCGAGCUCAGGCGGAGGAAGAGAGAAAGGCCCAAGUCGCGGCCCAAGUUGCCCAAAGACUGAAGGAAGAGGCGGCACGGAGAAGAGAGCUCGAAUCGGCGCAGAAACGCAGCGAGGAGGCAGAGAGAACGCGUCAGGUGAUAGCCGCGGCGGCUGCGCGGAGACAGCGAGAAGAACAAGAGGCGACCGAAAGGCAGAAUGCACUCAGGCGCGCAUUAGAGUUCGGGGAGCAGUACCGUCGACGGGAAGCUGAAGAAGCGGCCGCGCGUCGAGCCCAUGCUACAACGCGCGAGACGCAGCCGCUCUUGAAUAACGUCGCACAGUCGUCUCCGCCGUCGAACAUCUAUCCGCAGGUCACCAGAGCGGCUGGGAUCCAGCCUUAUGGUUCCAGAGCGUUGCCGCAGGGUGUCGACAUUGAGCGACAGGUUACUGUGCCCCGUCUUGUCGGGGAAGUCGAGGGAGAACCUGAAUUUGGAUGGUUCGAUAUCUGCUUUGUCCUGGUCUUGGGAGUGUUUGUGUUCUUCACAUUCGUCAAGUUCAUCGGUUGA